UAGUUCGUCGGUUUGUGGAGACGUCCGUACUUUCACAUAAACAGAGACACCGUUGAUUGUGACAAUAUAGUGAUAACAUUAUUUAUUAUCAGUGGACGUAAACUUUACUUGCAAAGUAAAAUGAAAAUAAAAUUUUUAAACGUUAAAUGGUUAUCGCGUGUGGUCAGAGUCGAGAGUGAUUUAACUAAAUAUACUGCGACGACUGGCAGACUAUUUAGUAAUGCUGCUACUGAAGCUGCAGCUUCAGCGCCGCAGCCGGCUGGCCGAAGCACUGACACAAACAAGGAGCCACUUGAAGACCUAAUCGGUCGUCGUCACAACUACCUGCGCAUAUCUCUUACUGAGCGAUGUAAUUUACGGUGCCAGUACUGCAUGCCGGCGGAGGGCGUGCCGCUGUCGGCGCGCGGCUCGCUGCUGGCCGCCGACGAGGUGCUGCGGCUGGCGCGAGUGUUCGCAGACCUCGGCGUCGACAAGGUGCGCCUCACCGGCGGCGAGCCCACGCUGCGGCCCGACCUCGCGCACAUCAUACAGGGCCUGAGUGAAAUAGAGGGCAUCCGAAACGUGUCGAUGACGACGAACGGGCUGGUGCUGACGCGGCGGCUGCCGGCGCUGCAGCGCGCGGGACUCACCGCCGUCAACGUGUCGCUGGACUCGCUGCGGGCGCCGCGCUACGAGCACAUGGCGCGCCGCCCGGGUCUGUCUCGCGUGCUGGCCGGCGUGGACCUCGCGCUGCAGCUCGGGUACCGCCCCGUCAAAAUCAACACCGUGCUCAUGAAGGGUUUUAACGACGACGAGAUUUUAGAUUUUGUUGAAUAUACACGCGACAAAGAAAUAGAAGUGAGGUUCAUCGAGUUCAUGCCGUUCUCCGGCAACGGGUGGGACGACUCCCGGCUGGUGCCGCACCGGGCCGCGCUGCGGGCCGUGCGCGCCGCACACCCCGCCCUGCGGCCGCUGCCGCCGCGAGCCAGCGACACCGCACAGGUGUGGCGCGUGCCGGGGUACGUGGGCUCGGUGGGAUUCAUCUCGUCCAUGACGCAGCACUUCUGCUCCUCCUGUAACCGGCUGCGGAUCACUGCCGACGGUAAUCUCAAAGUGUGCUUGUUCGGCGCGGCGGAGGUGUCGCUGCGGGCGGCGCUGCGGGGCGAGGGGGGUGCCCCCCCCGCGGACGACGCCGCCCUCGCCCGCCUCGUGCGGGCCGCGCUCCGCCGCAAGCAGCCGCGCCACGCCGAACCUCGCCCGCAUGGAGAAUCGUCCGAUGAUUCUGAUAGGUGGCUAGAGGCGCUCGUGCGGCCCCGGCCCGGCCCGCGCCGAGCGCUCGCGCGCGCCUACUGCACGCGGGCGGGGGGCGGCGAGGGGGGCGGCGAGGGGGGCGCGGGGGGCGAGGGGGGCGCCGGGUUCACGCACCUGGACGCGGCCGGGCGCGCGCGCAUGGUGGACGUGGGCCACAAGCCGGUGACGGCGCGCGAGGCGGAGGCGGAGUGCUCGCUGCGCGUGGGCGCGCGCCUGCUGCGGCUGCUGCGCGACGCGCGCCUGCCCAAGGGCGACGCGCUCACGGUGGCCGAGCUGGCCGGCGUGCUGGCCGCCAAGCGCACCGCCGACCUCAUCCCGCUGUGCCACGCGCUGCCGCUCGACUCGGUGCGCGUGACCGUGCGGCUGCCGGCGGGUGAGGGCGGGGGCGGGGGCGGGGGCGGCGCGGUGCGCGUGCGCUGCGUGGCGCGGGCGACGGCGCGCACGGGCGCGGAGAUGGAGGCGCUGGUGGGGUGCGCGGUGGCCGCGCUCGCGCUCUACGACAUGUGCAAGGCGGUGGACCGCGGCAUGCGCCUCACGGACCUGCGCGUGCUGCGCAAGAGCGGCGGCGCCAGCGACUGGCCGCCGGCGGGGGGCGCGGGGGGCGCGGGGGGCGAGGGGGGCGGGCGGGGGGCGCGGGCCGAGGACUAG